AUGUGGUGGUGUCGCCAAGUUCUUCAGAAGAGGUUAGCUCUUGGAGUAGUUGGGGAGAGGAAUAUGGAAUUUGAAACAAAAUUUAAAUUUCGGCAGGGUUGUAAUAUUCAUGUUUUUGUAGAGAAGGAUUUUGUUCAGCAAAGAAGUAAUGAUGAGAAUAUGUCUUCCGUGGAGGCAAAGAAGGCUGUUCCUAGGGACGUUCAUCUAAACUUCAACAGAAACAAUGUAAGCAUUCAAGGAUCGCCUGGUCCUUCUCGCACAAAAAAGAUUUUUGUGGGAGGCUUGGCAUCAACGGUCACAGAAAGCAACUUCAAGAGGUACUUCGAUCAAUUUGGGAUGAUAACAGAUGUUGUGGUCAUGUAUGACCACAAUACACAAAGGCCUAGAGGUUUUGGUUUUAUUACUUAUGAUUCAGAGGAGGCAGUGGAUAGAGUUUUGUUCAAAACCUUUCAUGAACUUAAAGGAAAAAUGGUUGAGGUUAAACGAGCUGUUCCAAAGGAGUUAUCUCCAGGACCAACUCGAAGCCCAUUAAGUGGAUAUAACUAUGGUCUCAAUUGGGCUAGCAGUUUUCUCGAUGAUUUUACUCAAGGUUAUAAUUCAAGCUCACCAGGAGGCUAUGGCAUGAGUAUGGACGGUCGAUUUAGCCCCGUAUCUGUGGCUCGGAGUGGAUAUCUUCCAUACAGCCCCUCCAAUUAUAACACAAGACUAAGUUUGGACUCAGGGUUGAGCUCGAACUAUGGGAUGACUGGAGAAUCAGGGUUGGGAUGUGGACGUAGUACGAACAGCUACUAUAGAGAAAAUUCAAGCAGAUAUGGAAGUCCCAUUGGAUAUAAUAUGGGUGAUGGAGGAAAUGGUUUUUUGUUGAACUCAACAAACCAAAACAGGUGGGGCAAUGAGAGUCUUAAUUUUGGCACAAGCUCUAUGAUUUCUGACGCUUUUGUUGGCUCGGGAACUGGAAAUAUUGGGGUAGUCGGUGGUUUAGGUAGUGUUGGGGGAACUUGGGGCUCCUCAACCAUUUCAGCUCAAGAAGGGGGUAAUGGUUCUUUAAGUAGAGGUAAUGUUGGUAAUUAUGGCAGUAGACAAAAUAGUUUCGGUGGCUGGGGAGGUUACGAUAGAAACAAUGUAAGCAAUGUGAUUACAUCAUCAUUUUCUGCCACAAACGAGGUCCAAGAUGAUGGUUUUGGGAACCUAUAUGGAGCUAAUUUAAUUUACAAUGAUCCUGCUUGGCGUUCAUCCUCCCCAGAGCUAGAAGGAUCUGCCUCCUUUGGUUAUGGGCUGGGGAUUGCAGCUGAAGAUGUUACACCUAAAAAUUCUUAUGGAAAUGCAAAUAUAGAAUCAUAG